AUGUCUACCUUUCUCUCUCUCUCUGUCAGAGUCUAUUCGUGGCUAUCUCUCUCUCUCUGUCAGAGUCUAUUCGUGGCUAUCUCUCUCUCUCAGAGUCUAUUCGUGGCUAUCUCUCUCUCUCUCUCAGAGUCUAUUCAUGGCUAUCUCUCUCUCUCAGAGUCUAUUCAUGGCUAUCUCUCUCUGUCAGAGUCUAUUCAUGGCUCUCUCUCUCUCUCUCUCUCUCUGUCAGAGUCUAUUCAUGGCUAUCUCUCUCUCUCUCUCUGUCAGAGUCUAUUCAUGGCUAUCUCUCUCUCCCUGUGUCAGAGUCUAUUCAUGGCUAUCUCUCUCUCCCUGUGUCAGAGUCUAUUCAUGGCUAUCUCUCUCUCCCUGUGUCAGAGUCUAUUCAUGGCUAUCUCUCUCUCUCUCUCUGUCAAAGUCUAUUCAUUGCUACUUUUCUUUCUCUGCCCAACUAUCUCAACCAUCAGGUAA